AUGACUGACCAAAUUGUUUUGAACUUUCAAGAUAGUUUAUUGCGAGAAUCUGACGUUAAAUUGCUCGAAGAUGGACAUUGGUUAAACGAUAAGAUCAUUGGUUUUAUGUUUGAAUAUUUUGAGUAUAUAGUAUUUAAUAGUUUGGAGGAUGUUCUUUUUGUAAACCCAGAUGUAGCCCAGUAUACUAAAUUAUGUCAAGGUGCAGAACUGGCUAUAUUUCUUGAGCCACUUGGUAUGCACCGCAAGAAAACGAUAUUCAUUCCAGUCAACAGUAAUUCUAACCCAGAAGGGGUUGGUGGAACUCACUGGAGUCUUUUGGUGUACGAUGCUGACGAGAUAAAAUUCAAGCACUACGAUUCUUGUUUAUCAAGUAAUCACCCCCAUGCAGUUCAACUGAGCAAUGCCAUACAGCCGUUUCUUCGAGUUCAGCAGAGGGUCAAAUUCGUCGAGGAGAUGACACCGCAACAAAUAAACAGUUAUGAUUGCGGAGUGUACGUGAUUAGCAUCACACAAGUAUUGUGCAAACAACGACAAGAUAAGUUCAGUUUAGGCCAGGUCCUAAGCACACAUGUGAAUGCUGACUCAGUGAGAAAAAAACGAAAUGAAAUUAAAAAUAUUAUUAAAGAUUUAAGCAAAACGAAUCCAUAACCAAGCGUACUAUUAUGCUUAGGUAACGCGAUUGA